CAUUCACUGUCCACGAUCACUGGCGCGCAAUGAACGCGGACCCAAACGACACCUACUUCGACGUCGUCGUUAUUGGUACCGGGCUCACCGAGUCCAUCGUCGCUGCCGCGCUCUCCAAGGCCGCCUACCGCGUCGCUCACAUCGACGACAAUCCUUACUACGGCGCCGACGAGGCGACGCUUACGCCUGAAGAGCUGCUCGAGUGGGCGAAGCAGCGCUCUGCCCCAUCAUCGGACGAUGAACAGACGACCGCGUACGCGACCGCGCAGCGCGCGCGCUUCUCGUCCGUCAGCUGGGCCGGUGCGCCCCCUCCCUUCGCGCGCCAAUACGCACUCUCGCUCGCGCCCUCGGUGCUGCCCUCCACCGGGCCGCUCAUCUCUUCCCUGAUCGCGUCAGGCGUCGCACGCUACGGCGGCUACCGCCUCGUCGAGCGCGUCGGGAUCUACUCUCCAUCAUCACCGUCAACCUCAUCGACCUCAUCAACUAUGACAACCGGAGGGAGCGUGCGCCUGGUACCGAACGGCAAGGAGGACGUCUUCAAGAGCCGCGACCUCUCGCUGCUCGACAAACGCCGGCUGAUGCGCUUCCUCCUCUUCGCCGCAUCCGACUUUGAGGGAAAACCCGAGCUGGCGGGCAAAGAGUCCGAGCCGCUCUUGCAGUAUCUCCAGCGGAAGGACGGAUUCGGGCUCCGGGAGGAGCUCGCGCAAGCCGUCACCUACGCGCUCGCAUAUUGCACCAGCGCCGAUGACACGACUCUCCCCGCCCUACGCCGGAUUCGCCAGGUGCUCCGCUCUGCGGGACGCUACGGCCCCUCGCCCUUCCUCCUGCCGCACUACGGCGGCGCCGGUGAGCUCGCGCAAGGGUUCUGUCGCACGGCCGCGGUGGGUGGCGCCGCGUACAUCCUCGGGCGCGCCGUCACCCGCGUGGAGCCCACCACCACACCGACCCCUCCUGGGUCUACCCCCCAGGGUCAGGAUGCGGAGGCAGGAAAGGAGACCAUAACGAAGCAGGGCCGCUACACCGUCAGGCUGGCUGGAUUCGAAGAGACGAUCACUUGUGAUCUCGUCAUAUCCGCUCCGGACUACCUCCUACCGGAGCUGAAAGCAGGCGCGAAACACGUCCCCGUACCGCCGCUCGAAGCCGGCGAGAGCGAAGACGGGGAUGAUCUCGUAUCUUCCUCCAAGCACAAUAUCCUCGCGAGAUGCAUCGCCAUCAUCGACCAGCCUGUAUCUUUACAGCCCACACCCGCACCGUCAUCCGUACUACCAGCCUCCAGCAGUCCGAACUCCUCGCAUACAGAGAACAACGCAGAGCAAGCUCCUCCUGGCUCCACCGAAGCUGAAUCACAGCCGAGCGACCCGCCCAUCGACACUUCCCUCCUCGUCUUCCCUCCCUCCUCCCUCCAAGACAGCCACGGCUCGUCCACCAGCGCCGCACACGUACUCGUCACCGGCGAAGGCAGCCUAUCCGCGCCGAAGGGCAAAUGGAUCGUCUACAUCGCCCUCCCGCUUCACGCCCCGCCCCCGCCCUCCACCUCCGCCGAAUCCGCCCUCCGGCCCUACCUCGACGCCGUCCUCUCCCUCUGCCCUUCCUCGUCUCCCCCCGAUCCGCUCUUCUCCGUGUUCUACUACCAACACCAGCACCCCGUCCCUCCGCCUUCUCCCCACCUCGCCCAAGAGAGUCCAAGCUCGCUCGUCACGCCCCCUCUCCCGCCCGACCUCGUCCACCUGGCGGACGCGGCGGCCACGAACGCCGAGGCGGUGUUCUGGGAGGCGGUGAAGAGCCGUACGCCGCGUGCCGCGCGCGAGAGGGGGGAGGACGCGGAGGCGUGGAGCGUGCCCGAGAGCUUGUGGCCGGCGAUCGAAGCGCAGGACGACGACGACGACGAGUGGUAACGCGAUGGAGAGCCGCUGGGUCACGCAACUCGGGGAGAGCGGGGACGGCGAUGAAAGGGAUGGUAAGCUACAUACACAGCCUGAGGAAAAUGGAAAUGUGCAUUGCGGAAAUAUGGACGUUUCUGUCCGAGGUGCUUACGCUGAGGAUCGUAUCUACGUAUACGUACUCCGUGCAUAACGGAUCGUCAGGGUCACACACACGAGGCUUGCAAGUUACAGUAUGACCGUUAACGCGCUGGGCAGGGACGGAAGACGCGUUUCUUUUGGAAAGCUCGCGGGUGCAUCC